GAGCUUCGCGGAUCUUUGUUCACGUCAGGCCGACACACGGGCUGUUGGAGGACGGCAGGUGUCCGUUCAGGUGCUGCAAAGCAUCCAUUCCUGCGACGCUAUGCUGCUUAUUAACGGGAUAAACUAACCCGGGACACAGGUUCGACAUGAACCGCUACAUAUGACUGUUUCUCGUUUUUUAGUGUUUGUAGGGAAGACAGACAAACAGACAGACUGAGCUGCAGCAUGUCUGGGAUAAAAUACCACGUGUCCCUUCCUGUGGUGGUGGGCGUCCUGUUGGUCGGCCUCCCGUACUCCAUUUCUCUGGCUGCCCAGUGGCUCUACGGUUGGCCCAACAAGCCUGGAUAUAAGAAGUACAUAGAAGCUCUAAAACCAAGGCGGAUAUACUGUUUGACCAGAGCUACGCUGGAAACCCUCAAGUACCUCCAGUAUGGGAAGCUUUACUUUCAGUUUAAGUCCUGGUAUAAGAAUGAGGAAAACCGUAAGCAUUACGAAAAGGGCAUCACAUUUGGCCGCAGAGGCAACAAGCUUGACUUGUACCAUCCUCCACAUGCGGGUAAGUCUGAAGACGUGUCGGCGCCGCUGGUGGUUUUCGUCUACGGAGGUGCGUGGGGCUCCGGAGAAAGAUCCACUUACUGCUUACUGGCGAGACAGAUGGCUGAAGAACUGAAUGCUACUGUAAUUUGUCCUGAUUACUGCACGUACCCCAAGACAAAUGUUUUAGGGAUGGUCCAAGAUGUCGCUGACUGCUUGGUUUGGACCCAAGAAAAUGGACAGAAAUUUAACUUUGACAAAGACAACAUCGUUUUAAUCGGCCAUUCAGCAGGUGCACAUUUGUGUGCUUUGACCACGUUGUUUCUCAUUGAUGCGCGAGAGGAGCUUUUCAUCGAGUCCAGCAAGCAGCAAAACAUCACGCUGUCGAUAAGAGGAAUUAUUGGUCUGAGCGGCGUCUACAACAUCAUGGACCACUAUGAACAUGAGCAGAAACGAGCAAUCGAAUACGUCUCAACGAUGCACAAAGCCAUGAAUGGAGUGGAAAACUUUCCAUACUACUCACCGACACACUUACUGAAGAAGCUCAGCCAGGACAAACUCAACAAAGUGCCUCAGUUCGCUUUGCUCCACGGGACCAAUGACGUUAUCGUUCCUGUUGAAUCUUCCACUAAGUUCUCUGACCUGCUCACCUCGCUGUCUGUGAAGGCGUCGCUCUACCUGCUACCUAGAGUCGACCACACAGAGAUGGUCACCGACCUCAUGGCGUCCAACAGGCGAUUCUACCACGUGAUCUACAGCUGCAUCAAACAGGAGUUCACAAAGCUUCUGGGAACCUGCUGAGGUCCCAAAAACAGCACAAUAUCCACAUACCACCAAUAUUUACUGACGGUGCCAUACUUUGACUCAAUUCUACUUUGUUUACAGUAUCUGCUCUAACACAAUGAAGCGAGUCAUGUUUAACCUUGAAUUUAACUUAAUUCAUUUCAGUUGUGAUUCCAUAAUAAUGGUGUAGUACUUUUAACAGUUGUGUGAUUGUAAGUGAAAUUUACAGGUGGAUUCAUUUUUAUUUAUGGUCUGAAAAGACUUUUCUUAGUAGUUUGAAAUGUGGACAACAUUAUAGUAAUGUUUUGGAGAGAUGUUAUUCAAAUAGCACUGAUAAACAAUGUAAAUGUGAAAUGAAAUUUGAGAUAAAUUUGAUAAUAAUACACAGUAUUAACAUGAAAGUCCAGUUACCAAAUCUGCACCGCUGAUUUCAGGCAAACUUUGUUUUAUGAAUAUUGAAUAUGAAAUUAUUUAUUAGAACCUUGAGUUUUGAAAACAAAACAUUUAUUGAUAACCAAUUACUGGUGUACUCUAUUAAACUUAAUUGAAGGAAA